AUGAGCGGCUACACAGGCUACAGCCAGCAGGCAUAUGGACAGCAGCAGCAGGGCCACACUAGCUGCCUGCUUGACACGCUGUUUGGAGUCUUGCCACAGGGCCAGUAUGGCUACGCGGGAGCCCAGCAGCAGACCGGGACCGGAGGCUACGGGCAGGCCGCCUACGGCGCGCAAGGCGCGGGGGCCGCCGCCGGCGGCGCCGCAAGCACGGCCACGGCAGGCUACGGCCAGCAGCAGGCCCAGCAGGCGGGUUACUCUUCGUAUGCAACAGCACAACAGCCGCAGGCGGGAGGCUACCAGGCAGGCGGGCAGCAGCAGGCCCAGGCGGGAUAUGGCGCCGGGACCGCCGGUGGCACCGCUCCCGCGGCAUAUGGCGCCCCAGGUGCUGCCGUGGUAGCUCCCAGCUACGGUGCAAGUGCACAAGCGGGAGGCGGGGCUUCCGCGGCGUAUGGCAGCGCGCAGCAGGCAGGCGGCGGCUACGGAAGCGCCCAGGGGGGCUACGGCACGCAGGCCCAGCAGCCCGUGAGCGCCUCGUACGCGCCGCCCACCGACCCCCGCCGAGCCGUGGGCUCGUCAGCGUAUGGCGGCAGCGCGGCAGCCGCAGCGGCGCCUGCCUCCGCAGCCGCGCAGCCGCAGCAGCAGGCCGGGCAGUACGGUGGCGGGUACGGCGGCUACGCCACGCAGCAGCAGCAGCAGCCGGCGGCGGCUGCGGCCCCGGCCGCCGUGGCAGGCUCUGCGGCGUAUGGCCAGCUGGCGCAGGUGGGCGGGUAUGGGGCCGCCGCCUCCCAGCAGCCAGCGCAGUAUGGCGCCGCCGCUGGCACGCAGUAUGGCGCUGCGGCGCAGCAGCCUGCUGCUGGCGCCGCCGGGGCUGGAGCCGGGUAUGGCACGCAGCAGCAGGCCGGUGCCUACGGCAGCCAGCAAAGCACCUAUGGUGCGCCACAGCAGGCGGCGGCGGCCACGCCCUACGGCCAGCAGCCCACCGCGGCGGCGACGUACGGCGGCGCGGCGCCCGCGGCGCAGCCUGCCGCCGGCGGCGGCGCGUAUGGCGGCGUGCAGCAGCAGGCUGGCGCAUAUGGGCGACAGGCAUCGGCAUAUGGCCCCGCUGCCACGGCACAGCCCGCUGCAGCCGGCGGCGCCUACGGCCAGCAACGUGCAGCAGGCGGCUACGGCCAGGCGCCUGCCACUUCCGCGCCUGGCGGCUAUGGGGCGGGCGCUGGCGCCCAGACCGGCUAUGCCGGCGCCUCUGGCCCAGCGGCGGCUGCCCGCGCGGGCGGCGCCGCCGCGGGCUUUGGCGCGGCCCCAGCCCAAGCCCCAGGCUACGGCUCUGCCCUGCCCAAGCCAGCAGCAGCCGCUGCCCCGGGGGCUCCCGGUGCCGCUUCGUAUGGCGGCGGCUACGCAGGCAGCGCCAGCCAGCCGGCAGGCGGCGGCGGCGGCGCCUUUGGGCGACAGGGAGGGUACAGCGCAGGCGGCGGCGUGCCAGCUGGGGCCUAUGGCGGCCCCAAGGCACCAGCCGGCAGGCCGGGGCCCCCUGCCGGUGGCGGCUAUGGCGCGCCGCCUGCUGGCGGCCGGCCUGGCGGCGGCUUUGGCCCGCCGCAGGCGUCCGCUGCGCCCUACUCCGGCCAGCGGCCCGGCGGCGGCGGCCCCUCCGGCUUCCCUUCUCCCCAGCAGGGCUCGCGCCCCGGGCCCCCCGGAUACUCCCAGGGACCGCCCAAGCACAGGCCGGACAGCAGGCCGCCGCCGCGGGACCGACCCUUCCACCUGGCCCCGCCCCCGGCCCACGAGCGCGGCCGCGAGCCCCCCACCCGCGACCACCACCGCAGCAGCAGGGACGAGCGGCCCGAGCGCAAGCACGAGGCCGCCGCGCCUCCCCGCCGGCGCAGCCCGUCGCCGCCGGAGCCGCGCCCUGUGGCCUACGGCGUGCGCAUCCCGGGGCACAGCGUGGCGGGCGAGGGCGCAGAGUACCGGGAGAUUGAGCGGCGGCACCCCAGGUUGUACAUGGCCCAUGACUUCACCAAGCUGGUCAACUGCUGGGCCCAGGGUCCCGCCUGCACCACAGCCCUGGCCGGCGGGCUGGUUCCCCUUGACCGCCAGGUGCCUACGGAGCAUUUGGUGGCGCCUGUGAAGCACGACACGAGCUACGACCUCGAUCUUCCCAACGUGGCGCCCUCGGGAUCAGUCGUCUACAACGCAAAGGUCAUGUUCACGACCGGGCUGGGCGAGGGCGAGGUGGCGGCGCUGCUGGCGGGCGCCGCCGACAAGGCGGGCGACCACCUGUGCCGCCUGCUCAAGUUUGUGGUGGCGCGCGCAGACCGCAACGGCGACAAGAGCGGCAUCUUCUGCCUGGGGGGGCGGUGCGACCCCGCCAUGGACGGCGACCCGACACAGGGCGACGCGGCGCUGGUGGCGGCGGCGCGGCGCCACGUGGCGGCGCAGGCCCGGUUGGAGCUGCCGCCGGCGGGGGCGGGCGCCUGGCUGCGCUUCAUCGAAGUCCACUACACGCGCCUGGACCGCAACGAUGUGGAGCACCAUCAGGAGGUGACGGUGGUGUUCAUGGUGGAUGCAUCCAGGUGCCUGCCCAGCGCCGCCGACUGGCCGCACGUGUGGCAGCAGCAGCAGAAGCCGGUGCUGCUGCAGAAGCUGGCGGCGGAGCGAGCGGCCAAGCAGGAGGCGGCGGCGGCCAAGGAGCCAAAGCCUGCGGCCGCGGGCGGGCUGAAGGAGGGCGGGGAGGAGGGCGAGAGAAAGGAAGGCGGGGAGGAGGGGGAGAAGGAGGGAGAGGUGGCGGCGGCGCGUGCCGUAGAGGAGCAGGAAGAGGAGGAGGCGCUUCCCGAGCCCGAGAUGCCGGCGCGGCCUCAGCUGCAGCUGGUGGGGCUCCAUACCGACAAGCUGCGGCUCAAGACGGCAGCAGUGAGCCUGGACGGUCUGCUGGACUACAACACAUCGGACAAGGACGAGUGCACCUUUGAGCUCAGCCUGUUUGCCGAGGCCUUCCACGAGGCUCUGAUGCGGGACGCCGGCUGCACCAUCCUGGCAGAGCUGUACCGCCAGCGGGAUGCGGCGGUCAAGCGGCGGGAGGACCGCAAGCGCAAGCGCGACGCGGAGAAGGCUUCAGAGUCCAAAAAGGCAAAGACCGAGGAGGUUCAGGCCAAGGAGGAGGCCUCAGAGGCGCUGGCAGCAACCUCCGCCGCCACCAGCGCCGCGGACGACAAGGCGGCGGCGGCUGCGGCGGGCGGCGGCGGCGCGAAGAAAGUGCGCGUGCUUUCCAGCCCGGCCCUGGCGCGCGCCUUCCGCUUCCUGGACAAGACGGGGGCGGGGUAUAUCAAGACGGAGGACCUGCGGCGGCUGCUGGACGCCCUGGGCCUGGCCCUUCAUCACGUGGUGGCCAUGGAGCUGUGUGUGGCUGUGUCGGACACGGGGCGGUACAAGAACGAGCGGGUGCAGUACAUGCGGCUGUGCGAGACCGAGGUGGAUGCCCCCAGCGAGCCCGAGCCGGCCCCGGCUGCUCCCGCCGCACCUGCUGGUGUGCAGCCUGCCGAGCCUGCGCCAGCAGCAGCGCCGACUGGCGAGCCGGCAGCGGCCACGGCGGCAGAGGCAAAGCAGGAGGAGGAGGCAGCGCAGGCGCAGCAGGCGGGCGAGGAUGUGGAAAUGAAGGGGGAGCCCGAGGGGGAGGCUGCUCCGGCAGCGGAGCCGGCACCAGAGACUGCGGCUGCUGCGCCGGAAGCAGACGAAGAGAUGCGGGAUGCGGCAGUGGCAGCAGAUGGCGGCGUGGUGAAGGAGGAGCAGGAGGAGCAUGGGAAGCAUGCGCAGCAGGAGGGCGAGCAGGCCGGGCAACUGGACGGCGAGCAGGCGCAGCAGACGUUAGAGCAAGCGCAGGCGGAUGAGGCCAAGCAGGUGCAGGAGGCAGAUGACUUCAUUAAAGUUGGUGAUGACGAGGCUUCGGGCCGCAUCGGCACCGCCGAUCACGCGCAGCAGGCGGCAGGAGCGGCUGAGCUGGAAUGA